GGAGAGAGAGCAUUGCACAAGAUCGCCCGUGCGACGUACAGACAUGAAGAGCGUCGUCGUUUUGCCGUUGCCUGUCAGGGCCUCCCACUCUCAAACCACACUGCCCACUCCGGGAAUUUGAAAUUGUGUUACCUCCCUCGGUUUCAAAGUGGAGAGCUCUCCAACCUCUCGGCGUUGUGAUUCUUGAAAGCUCGAGGAGCGAUGGACGCCCGAACGAUCGGGAAAUUGUUGCGGUUGGGCUCGGACUUCUGUCAUGAAGGAGCGAGUGGUUCAAAUAGGACUCCGAGUCUCCGUCGGCGCCAUGACUCUCGAAACGAACGCUAGCGAUGGGCGCCAGAUGCCGCUUGGCUGCUGUGGUGGCGAGGAUUUGCGCGGUUCUAACAUCGAAGAUUUUUCUCGAAUGAUUUGUGGAAUGCGGAUCAUUUCGCUACGUUCCUUUCAGUUGAGCUGGUCAUUUAGUUCGUUGCUCUUCCCUGGACUGACAGGCUGAACACCGUGGAGGGGCCCGUGGAUCUGAGAGAUUGCGGAGCCUUGCCCUUUUGUAUGAUUCUGGAUUCUGGUUUUGCAGCGCGCGAAGCAAGUUCUGGGUAGGAUGGAUCCUUCUUGGAUGGAGGUUGUGCUGGACUCCAUCAAGAAUUAUCAACUGCAAACGAAACAGUUGUUCGAGCAACAGGAAGCACUUCUCCUGCAAAGGUGUAACGAGAUAACUUCCACCAAUCGUCCAGCGAAACGAAGAAAAGCUUCCAAGCAGUGCUAUGGGGUAGAGGGCAAGGAGAACUUCUUCACAGGUUCGACCUCGCAGAAACAACAGAGCAAUUUUAAAAGGAUUGAUGUGUCCGGAAGACACCUCCAGAGGUUGGUCAACUCGAGUAAGGAGGAACGAGUUUCAAAGCCUUGCUUGGGGACUGAGUCGAAGGAGAUAGAUGAAAAGAAUCCGGAAAUUGAGAUGGUAGGCUCGGAACAGCUGCAGGAAGCCUUGGACGAGCGUAGUGUCGAGAAGGAGGGACAGCUGAACAACGUUGAGCUGCGCCAUGUUGAGUCGCCGAAUGAAGUUCUCUCCGCUCCAAGUCCCUGUUUGGAGAUUAGAAGUAAAUCUCCUCCAAAACUGAUUCCAGGUCGAGGAAGAAAACGCGGUUGUGUUGCUGAGAAGGCAGGAGAAUUGAGCGUAACUACCGACGCACUUGAGUCUCAGGAUGACCCUCCAGGUGUAGGAAGAUCAGCGAAAACUGAUGACGAACCGCAAGCACCUCGUCCAGUUGCUGCACCUGCGCCUAUGAGGAUGACUCGUGCUCGGGCCAAGCUGCUGGAUAAAUGCGAUGGUAGUGUGGUGGAUGCGCAGCCGAAGGGAAAGAAGCCGAAGGGGCAAAAGGGCAGGGUUAAAGUUCUUCCGCAGGAAAUAUCUGCAAGAAAAGCAGAUGAUAUUGGUGUGCAGACGAUAGACGAGAAAGUCACAAGAACUGAGCAGAUUCCGGACGUAGUUUCGAGGCAGGCCGAAGGAAGUGAAGACGCGGGGAGGGAGCACAUGAACCAAAUUCAGGAUGUUGGUGCAGCGGCACCAGUAAAGGAGCCAGGUGUUCAAAAGGUUAGGUCCAAAGCCAUGUUCGAAGAUACUGAUGCGAUUGUCAGAAUUGACGUUCCGUUGAAUCCUAAAUCUAAUUUGCUGUCUCAAGAGGAACUGCAGUCGGGGCACGAGACGAAAAAAGAUGAUGUUGAAAGGCAGGUUGGAGGAGAAGACCUCGUAAGAAACGAGCACAGAAACCAGGAGAAGGAUGUCAGCCAAGCGGCAUCUGCACUCGAAGGGCAAUCCGUGAAAAAGGCAAGAACUCUUAUGGGCAGGUCCAAAGCCGUUUCAGAAACUACUCCUGCGAUCAGCGGAGAUGAAAUCUCAUUGCGAUGUGACCAUUAUUUGCAGUUGCAAGUGGAAAAUCAGUUAGGACACGAGGGAUUUCAAAUUGAUGCUGAAAGGCUGUCUGAAGGAGACGAUCAUUUGAGUAACGAGCACAGAAAGCAAGACAGCCAAGCUGCGCAUACACUCAGAAAGAAACCGGUGAAGAAGCUAAGAGCUCAAAAGGGCAGGUCCAAAGUCAUUACUACGGAACGUACAACUUCCGAUAGCGACGAUAGUAGUGCUGGUCAUCUGGGGUCUUUACACGAACAGGUGGGUCAUGAGCGAUGCGAAGGUGAUACUGAUAAACAGUAUGGAAGGGCACGCAGUGUCAGGAAUUCGCACGUCAAGAGCGUAAUCUGCGAAGAAGGUAUCGUAGUAAUUCCUCAAGAUCAAUCAGUCAAGAAGCUAACCCCGCAGAAGGGGUACGCUGAAGCUGGUUCGAGGUCGCAGGCAGAUCCCGUUGUUUAUGGUGCCCAGGACGUGAGGAAUGAAACUGUCAUCGAUUCAGAGACCGGACCCAUGGUGACUGUUCCGCAGUCGCAAAUGCUUGAAACGGACGGGGGCUUGAAGCGGCGUCGGCUGGGUCUCAAACAGAAAGGGAGUGAGAAACCUCUCCCGGAACCAUAUCUGUCUAAGGUGGGUGACUUGACAGAAACUUCUUUGUAUGUGCAUUCUGCAGGGGAGGAAAAUAUGAAUACUCAAAUAGCUCAGGCACUCGACGAUCAACACAAUGAAGACGUAGGGGAAGCAAUCAUUGAGGCAACACGGGAAGACCACGACGAUUGCUCGUUAGCAGAACUGGAUUCUGAAAGAUGGGAGGACAUUAAGAGGUCAGUCAAAGUGCGGAAGGGAAGGGGUAAGGCGGUCUCCAAUUUCCUAGGAUACGCUGACUCAGAUUUAUUCCCUCUUAGGAGUUUCGACAUGGCACUGGAGCAGGACAGGUACGAGAUAGAAAAUGAUGUGACUCCUAAAGAAGGUUUGAAAGGGCUCAUGCAGACGUCCCGACCAUUCUCAGACCUGCUUCAAAAGUUAGACGCGGCUGAUUUUGCGUCCACCCAGAGGAGUCUUCAAAAAGAAUCGCAGAUGGGUGCAGGAAGGAAGGACGAUGGUACACAUGGUAGACAGUCUGGUGCCUUCAGCGGUGAAGAGUUUGUACCGAGGAACUUAAACACAUGCGGAGAAUUGAGUGCCAACGUUGGGAAGGAGAGAGGAAUACAUGAUGUCAAUCACGAACCUCUUAUAUAUUCAGGGAAGGAAUCAGUCUCUAGGAACUCAGUGUUUGGCUCUUUUUCGGAGCAGGGAAAAGUCGGCAUACGUGGCGGGGCAUCAGUGACGCCCAAGUCCUCGAGUCAAGGACCUGGACCAAUCUCAGAGUCCCUGGAGGAGUCAGCGGGCGCUGUUGUAUCGGGAAGGGGAUUUCGUCAUCUUGUGAGCGAGUUGAAGUUGGAGUUGGAAAGCACAGAACCUAGAAGAUUGGACCCUGAAUUGGUCAUUGAUUUAUUCCAGGGUAACGAUUCUGUCAAUGUGAGACAGACUGUGCAGCAGAGCUCUUGUCCAUUAUCGGGAACUAACAGAGCACGAAGCAAUGACGGACAUCAAACUGUGCUAGCUAGAGCAUCGACAGGCAAAGGGAACUCGACAGAAUGGACAGUAGAGCUCACCGGAGGUCGAAAGCUCGUCCUUGAGGGAGAUGACAAAUAUUUUACACAGAGCAUCCAGACGUUUGCAGAUACACAGGAAAUGGGGCAAGAAGACUCUACUAUCCCAGAGGCUCCAGAACCUAACGUGGAUCCAGAGCUUGAAGAAUUUUCCUUUGUGGCCUUGGAACAGGUCAGGAUUGAAACUGAGCACCAAGGAGGGGACGCAUCACCCGUCCAAGAAGCGGGGAUUAAAGGUAUUAAGUUGAGGAUUCGACCUUUUUCUGACUUCAGUGAUCCACAACCCUCCACGCAGAAGAAAGCUGGAUCGUCAAUCUUUUCACUUGUUAAGGGAGAACCCCGCAAGUCAGACGUAAAACAAAGUAUGCUUCUUGUUGCGAGCGAGGAGCCUACUACUCUGGAAUCACCGAAGUCCAUGAAUUUGGAUGUAGUUGCUAUGACUCCUAUACGGGGUAAGGUAGAUGCUUCAAACAGGAAUUUCCCAGAGAAGGAAGACUGGAGGAGCACGGGAACCAAAUCUAUAGCUCAAAUGGCUGCGGGUGGAGUACCUGACUUAUUCAAAGAGGUGUUUACGAUGAAGACUCCACUGCGAUCCCAGAAACGUAACUGGACUAAGGCAUUAGGAGAGUGCCAGCCGAUGGGCCGAGAACUGAGUCCUCCCUUUCAUGUUCGAGAGGGAAGGAGAAGCCAUAAAAGUGCUUCUGUAAAUAAUAGGUCAUCUCACAGCCACAAGCUGCGCAGUUCAAGCCCAGUAGAAGAUCACGAGAGUGGAGGUUCAGGAGUCAAAAACUGCUCAGCAGCCAAACUAUCUUGUACUACAGCAGCAGCAUCGCCAAAAGUGGAAGUAUCAGGUGGAGAACUACAUCACAAGCGCACCAAUUUGGUAUUGACCCCAAAUUCGAAUGGUAAUGUGCCCAACACACAUACACAUCACGACGUGUUCAGUCCUGUUCGAGUUGACUUAUCAAACGACUUGAGGAGAAUCGUACACGAAGGGCAGUGUAGAACCGGAAUAUACGAUAGCUCUAGACGAGAUAUUUCAUACAAAAGUGGAAACUUGGGGGUUUUAAGCCAAGUAGUCGCAGUUAGUCCUCCGAGCACUUUCGGGCAACAGAGCCAGCCACGAGGGGUCGUGAACGAGGCUUUGAACCCUCCACAACCGGUUAGCACUGAAGACUGCUCUGGAGACACCGUAGUCUUAAGUGAUGACGAUCAGGACACCUUAACUUCGAAAUUAAAGUCUGUGGAUUCGUUCAGACAGGGUGAGACGUGUAACCUUAUGGUGCCUUCUCUUCCUUCUAGCCAACCGGAGGUAAUGCUUAUGUCGACGCAUACGCUUGAAGACCUCAAUCCUCUUUGCGGGAGCUCUACAUAUGGAGUGCACAGGGCAGAUAGUAAGUUGGCAGUUGAGGACACAAGGAACAGGAGUGAGGAGAAAAGCUGUAAGCUCUUGGAGCGUGAAAUACGCUCAGGUGGCAAAGAGGUCGAAGGUGAUAGGAUUACAAGAUCUGGACAUAUGUCAAUUACAAAAGCUUCUGGUUCAGGGGCAUUUGUAGAAAGUCUAGAGAGAUCCAAGAGGACUCUCCAGUCACCUCUUUGCUCUGAACGAAAGAAGUCAAGACUGUCAUUAGCAGACGGAUCAGUCAAAAGUUUGGGUUUGGGAAGGACAUCCUUGCAUUCUGGCUCAUCUCUUCGAGAAAUUCUUCCAGAAGAUGUAGCGCAAGUAAGUGGUGCCGAAUCGUUUCAUGAAGCAGAAGAUGACGCUCAUUCGGGAAGCACUAAGUGUGGAGAUGAUGAAGAUGAGGGUGUGGCCUCUGAAAGCAAUUCAAAUGAUGGAGAGUGCGAGAUAGCUGACAAUUCAAUGUCAGUCUCAAGCUUUGGAAAAACUUGCAUAGAAGAAACGUCUACAUUAAAAGUGUCCCAAUCGAUUGAUAAACCGAGGACCAACUCGAACAUCCUUAACCCGUAUGCACAGUCGACAAGACUUCUCUCUAACGUGAGAACACUCAUACCGGUCAGUCAACGUCCAGCGCCGAACUUCAUUCCAAAUGGAAAGAGAGACGUGAAAGUCAAAGCUUUGGAAGCUGCAGAAGCUGCAAGGCGGUUGCAGGAAAAACGCGAGAUGGAAAAGAGGGAGAGAAUGCAGAAGAGGGCAGACGCCAUCGCUAGGCGUGCGAUGGAGAAAGAAAAAGCGAAGGAGGAGUUCUACAAAGCGGAGCUUGAGUCGAAAGCAUCACAGAAGGCUCUUUCAGACAGCAACACAGUAAAAGAUUCCUCGGCUCUUGCAGGAAAGGCAGUUUUAACGGACUGUACCAAUUCCAAAAGCUUACAGAGUCCCAAAAGUAAGUCGACGCGUGCUCUGGCUGUAAAGACCAAGAUGGAACAGGAGAAAGCGAAGAGGCUCGAAGAAGACUUGAGGAAGAAGGAAGAGGAGCGCAAGAAGAAAGAAGCAGAAGUGCUUGCCCGCAAGCGAAAGAAAGAGGAGGCAGAGAAGAAAGAGCGUGAAGAGAAGCGAAGAAGACAAGAAGAUAUGUUAAAGCAGAGAAAAGAACAAGAAGAAAGGUUGAGAGCAGAACUUGAAGAGAAGGAGCACCGACAUCGUGUACUGGAGGAAGCUGAGAGAGAAAGGAAGGCCUUAGAGGAAGAGUCGAGACGUCAACGACGAGCGGAAAGGGAAAAGGAAAGAGAGCGUCGCCAGAAGGAGGAGUUGGAACUCAAGGCCGCCAGACAAGCUGAGAAAGAAGCUGAACGGAAGAGGAAAGAAGAGGCUUUUCUUACUUACAAGGCCUCGGAGGAACAUGAUCACAGGGUGGGUGAGAGUAUUGGUGCAGCGAGCAGACUACGCAGCCAACAUUCCACGGGGCUUUCCACGGAGAAGCUACGAUCGUCUAAUUUGUUGUCUAGUGGAGCUUCUCUAUCUUUUAGUCGUCCAGCUCGAGUGCCCAGUACAGCGUUUGAUGGACGAACCCACUUAAUGGCUACUCCGAUGGUUCAGAACAAAGGACCCACAAGUGCUCUGUCAGCUGUCAAAAUGCAGCCUCUCGUCACAGCAGGGAAAAGCCUCGAAGUGGACCAUGGACCUAAACUCUUCGCAACGCCAACACUAGCUGCAGUGAAAGAAGGCGAUCCUGGUCCACAGUCCUAUGAAAUUUCUCCUUACAGAAACUCCUCUGAUGAUGAUGAGGAUGAGGAGAGGCUGCCAAGGCCCAAAAAAUUCAUUCCUGCUUGGGCAAGUAAGGAGAAUUUGAUGCCUCAGUUGCUGAGGCAGCUUACUCAAGAUCCCGAUGAGAUCUUCGCCGGCACCAAAACCUGCAGUUUAAAAGAAGUGUUUGGUACCAAUGGUUCGAAGAAGGUUCUUGAUUUUGGUAGACGUAGUGGUAGUGGUGACUGGGUGAAAGAUCGUGUAUCUUGGAAGGAGGAACUUCAAUACAAGAUAGACAUGGGCUAUAUGAGCCACAUGCAUUGAUCUUCUAGUUCAACUCGACUAGAUAUCAGUGGCUUCAGAUUAGUAGGCAGGCUAAGCGACAAACCUCGUCGCUAGUCACGGUCAAAUACCUUAAUACCUUGAUGUUUACAUGGUCUGUAAUUUGAUCUUGCUAUUUCAGCAAGCAAGGGCAUUGUAAAGGGGCAUUUAUACCCCAAUGAUUAUAUAUUGUAUUAUUAGAUUAUAUAUUGUAUCUUACCACGAAAGACUUGAUACUUCGAUCUCAUGAACGUGUCUUCGUCUAUCGCCAACAGGAACAAGUUGGUCCUUGUUUUCUUCAUGCUAGAAAAGAAGGUAGAUUUUUUAAUAUGGUGGGCUGGCUUAUGGACUGAACAACAAAAUAGACGUAUCGGAAGUUUUAAAAGCGAAGCUCUUCACUCGGUGUGCUCGCCCACUCAAACGCCCAUUGAUUUUAUGAACUUUGAGCAAUUUGGAAACUG